UAAAUGGUGCAGCUGGGAUAUUUGGAUUCGAACAGCUCAUGGUUCACCCCCCGAUAACAUAAUGGUGGCUCCCAUUUCGUGUUUAUUUUUGUGGACAAGGGCAUAGUGGGCAGACUACGCGUCUGUCUUUUUCUGUACUGAAAAUGGCUAGGUUUCUAAAAUCCACUGCCAGGAAUUUCAUUGUAACACAGUGUAGAAUGUCAUCCGAUCAGCUUGGGGAGCUGGGUAAAGGUGCUGGAAAGGGUGGGGGAGGUGGAGGGGCGGUGAGAGAGGCAGGUGGAGCAUUUGGCAAGAAACAGGCGGCUGAAGAAGAGAUGUACUUUAAGAGAAAAGAACAGGAGCAGCUUGCUGCCCUAAAGCAUUAUCACCAAGAAGAGAUUGAUCACCACAAGAAAGAAAUUGAGCGGUUGCAGAAGGAAAUUGAUCGCCACAAAGGCAAAAUCAGAGAGUUGAAACAAGAUGACUGAACCUGUUUUUUCACAGAUCCUUGCGGUGCCAAAUGCACAUGCCUUGGUUAUGCUGCCUUGCUUGGAUGGCCAUUUGUAUGAGUGAAUAAUUGCAUAUGAUGGUUUAAAGAUGAAUAAAACUGACUUCUUAAAAC